UGUUGGGUUUAGGAGCUGGAUUGCUGGAAUGGGUAGACGAACUCUUAUAUGUAUUCAACCACAAGGGGGCGGAGCCUUCUACGUCCAUCAACCAUCUAACACAGAGAGAGCAGCCCGCGCAGAUCGAGCAACAGUGAGACUGGGGUCUUCACCCAGCGAGCUCAUACAGCUUCAUAUCUCCAGAUAUACACGGAGGAUGAGACCAGCUUUAUUUCCUGUUAAUGGAAAGAGAGAAUCCAGUGGGAAGAAGAGUAGAAGAGCCUGCUUUUCAUGAUCAUUCCAUUUAUUCCACCCAUUUCAUCCGUUCUGUUGCGCUUGAGCUGGAAAGAGGGAAUGGAAAUAUUUGUUUUUGGGAUGCUGGUCUUCUCGGAGAUGUAUCUGAAGAUGGAUUUCUUUGCUUGAGUUCCGUGGAGGGAGUGUUUGAGGCGAACUGACCGAACAAAAGGAUACAUUCUUCACCAAGCAGCCUAAUUAAACCUGGGGCAAAGUUUAGAAUCUUACAGAACUAUCUAAAGCUACCUGAUUAUUAUUGCUGCAUGGUUCUCUGUCCUUCUCCACGCGCUACCCAUUGGAUAGAAAAGAAGAAAAGAGCUUUGGAGAAUCGUUUACGCACGGGACGCCCACGUCAUUAUCGGACAGUUAUCGUGCACCGAUGCUGCCCGCCUGACCCGUCCACCAGCCACGCUCCGGGGUGCACGUGAAGAGCGCGCGCGCAUUGAUUGUGCUGCGGCAUCAUGGACAGCAUGGACGAGCAGUCCCACAUCAUGCAGUCUCUCGGCGGCGUGACCCUGAGCCGCGCGCUGCACGGCGGCAUGGCGCUCGCGCCUUCGCUCGAGCACGAGAGCGCGGAGGAGGACGCGCGGAAACAGGACAUCGGAGACAUCCUCCACCAGAUCAUGGCCAUCACCGACCAGAGCCUGGACGAAGCGCAAGCAAAAAAACAUGGACUCAACUGUCACAGGAUGAAGCCGGCUCUGUUUAGCGUUCUGUGUGAGAUCAAAGAGAAGACAGGUCUCAGUAUCCGUGGUGCCCAUGAUGAUGAACCCCCUGACCCUCAGCUGAUGCGACUUGAUAACAUGCUGCUAGCUGAGGGCGUGUCCGGACCUGAUAAAGGGGGCGGAUCUGCGGCGGUCGCGGCGGCAGCGGCAGCAGCUGUUGGGGGCGGAACCGAUAACUCCAUCGAGCACUCAGACUACAGAGCCAAACUCUCACAGAUCCGGCAGAUCUACCACACCGAGCUGGAGAAAUAUGAGCAGGCCUGUAAUGAGUUCACGACCCACGUGAUGAACUUGUUGAGAGAGCAGUCUCGCACUCGACCCAUCUCCCCUAAAGAGAUCGAGUGCAUGGUGGGCAUCAUACACCGCAAGUUCAGCUCUAUCCAGAUGCAGCUGAAGCAGAGCACAUGUGAGGCUGUGAUGAUCCUACGCUCCCGCUUCCUGGAUGCCAGAAGGAAAAGGCGUAACUUUAGCAAGCAGGCGACAGAGAUCCUGAAUGAGUAUUUCUACUCCCACCUGAGCAAUCCUUAUCCUACUGAAGAGGCCAAAGAGGAGCUGGCCAAAAAGUGCAGUAUAACUGUCUCACAGGGGAUGGGAAGCACCAUCACUGUGUCACAGGUUUCAAACUGGUUUGGAAACAAACGCAUUCGCUACAAGAAGAACAUCAGUAAAUUCCAGGAGGAGGCAAACCUGUAUGCGGCUAAAACGGCUGUAACGGCCACUCAAGCUGCAGCCGCUGCCGUGCAGAACAGCCAGUCCAGUUCACCAGCUACACCCAACCACGGUUUUCAGAUGAAAGAUGAAGAUUUUCAGCUGGAUUCAACGGACAGCAAAGCCAAUCUGUUAACCAGCAUGUUCACAGGUUCCUUUGGUCUACCGAGUUCAGGAGACAUGUUCAUGGGCAUGAGCGGUUUGAAUGGAGGUUCCUAUCAGCGCACACAACUCAGUAACACUGGACAGACACAGGGCGACAGUAUACACAGUGUUGGUCAGACUUUGGGCUACAGUGAAGCUCUGCGGGGUCAUCCUCUCUACAGUCCUCACACUUUGAAUGGUAAUGGUGGAUGGCAUGAUGCAGCCACUCCUUCCUCAGUGACCUCCCCUGCAGAAGCAGCAGGCAGUGUUCAUUCUGAUACUUCCAACUGAUCUGGCCUUCAUCCUUCUUUAAACGCCCACCCGUGUCGACAUGUUUGCUGACGGUGCGCCGAGUGCAGAGCAACGUCUUCUACAAGAACCUUCCCAGUGACAGCUGAUUUAAAAAAAAAGGUUUUCUGUAGUUAUUCAAAUGUGUUCUGUCAAGGAUCACAGUCGUAAGCACUAUAUGGACGGGAUUAGUUUUACAUGAGCAGAUGGAGGAAUAUGGUUAUUAUUGCAAUGGUGAAUUUAAUUACAUUCAUUUUUACAUUCUGUGCACUGGCCAUUUAAUUUCUUAUUACAGCGUCUUAGGCUACGUUCACUUUACCAGGCUAAAGUGACUCAAAUCUGAUUUUUUUGCUCAAUGUGUGAACGUGCCAAAUCUGAUUUUUUAUUUUUUUUUUUCAAAUCAGAUUUGAGUCACUUUCACAUGUGGUCCUAAAUCAGACACAUAUCCGAUCCAUGCUCAUGUGACAUGAGUGUAAACAGUCAAAUCAGAUUUCAUGCAUCUUUUUGCUUCUACACAUGCUCUACGUGUUUCUCUCUUGUACCCACACUGUAUCUCUUGGUGCAGCUGUGCAGCUAUAGCUGCAAAAACAGCAAAAAGCAAACCGCCUGGCCUUUUUUCACCUCCUCGAUCUGAGCAUGUACUCCAGACCAGCUGUUUGCUGCUUCUCCAAUCCAGCAAAAGAUGCUCCACAUAUGAGCUGCUAACACACUUAAUUCAUUUCACCUUUAUAAAGCUAUGAGUCGUCUCUCAAAUAUGGCGUUUUUUUGUUGUUUAUAAAGAAGGCGACAUUUAUACUCGUAUCAGUGUGCGCCUGUGAGGUGUUUCAGGCACAGAUUCGUUCACAUUACACACAGAUACAGAUCACUUACAUUUGUGAAUGUGAACCGUCAAGAUAGCCAAAUCCGAUCUGACGUAGCCUUAGUGCAGAAUUUAACCCUUGUGUGGUGUUCGGGUCUGUGCGACCCGUUUUCAUUUUUCAUCAAUUGAUACUAUAAAAAUAUUUUUUCUAACUCAAACUCAUUGGCAUUGGCUCAUUUUUUGUGAAAAACAUAUAUCAAAACACAUUUUCGAUAAACACAUACUGUACACCCCCUCCCACCACCCUACACAUUUAUAUUACAUACAGUAUGUUUGGCCAAGGGCUAAUAAACAUUGCUUCAUUUGUAAAUUUGAAACUAAACAAAUUUUCUACUCAUAUCUUGAGUUUAAUUCAUUUUCUUUUAUAUUUUAUUAAAAAACUAAUAACAAAAAGAGUAGCACUUUUUGAAAGAAAUGUAACAUAAGAAAGGUAAAGGGGGUGAAGCAAGCAUGUGUAAAACAUUUUAAUGUAAAAUUGCUUAAUUUUGCUGAAUUAAAUACAAGUAACAAAGUAAACGAGUCACAAAAAUAUGAACACCACACAAGGGUUAAGCCAUGAUUUUAAUUUGAUCACUCUAAAACUUUCAGUUUGUUUGUUUUGAGCCAUUCAGGUUUGACUUGCUUGUGUGGUUUAGAUCAUUGUCAUGUUGCACAGCCCCACUGCGCUGAGAUUCAAAUAUGGAACAUAAAAUCAGGGGACGGACUAAGAAUAUUUUCAAAUAUUUUCUAAUUGCGAGCCUAUGUUAAGUUAAUUUUUGCCACUCUUAGUUAUCUCAUUAACAGAAUAUGCUGUGAUUUAAUUAAAUGUCCCAUAUAAAUUGGCCACAUUAUAUCACAUACAGUACAGGCCAAAAGUUUGGACACACCUUCUCAUUCAAUGUGUUUUCUUUAUUUUCAUGACAAUUUACAUUGUAGAUUCUACUGAAGGCAUCAAAACUAUGAAUGAACACAUGUGGAGUUUUAUGUACUUAACAAAAAUGAGCUGGCACCGGAUCUGAACCCAAUCCAGAUGGUUUGGGGUGAGCUGGAGCACAGAGUGAAGGCAAAGGGGCAACAAGUGCUAAACACCUCUGGGAACUCCUUCCUUCAAGACUGUUGGAAAACCAUUUCAGGUGACUCUACCACUUGAAGCUCAUUGAGAGAAUGAUGCCAAGAGUGUGUAAUCAACGCAGUAAUCAGAGCAAAGAGUGGCUAUUUUGAAGAAACUAGAAUAUAAAAACGUUUUUUUUAAUGAAGUUAUUUCACCUUUUUGUUAAGUACAUAAAAGUUUUGAUGCCUUCAGUGAGAAUCUACAAUGUAAAUAGUCAUGAAAAUAAAGAAAACGCUUUGAAAAAGAGAAGGUGUGUCCAAACAUUUGGCCUGUACGAUAUAUAUUACAUAAAUUGACACAUUAUAUACACAUGUAAAGCUAAUCACGUCCUAGUAGCACUAUACUUACUGUAUCUUUGUAAGGAUUACAGUCUAAUCUGUCUUGCAAAUAAUCAAAUGUCCAAAAACUGGAAAACAUGGACUGAAAGCUCUGAAGUAUCAACUACAGUUUUUACAGGAUAUAGUCUAGAGUUGAUUAUAGAGUACUAUGAUUGUAUUAGUUGAUCUUAUUAGGAUUUUUUCCUUCAAAUGUGAGUUCAUUCAGCAGAAUAACUGGAGUGAGUUUCUGAGGCAUGCUUCUUUUCAGUUUGGUACAUGUACAAUAUUGACUUGACAUCCAGACAUUCUAUAAAUUUCAUAAAUUAAAGGGAUUUCAGAUAUUUCUUGUAUUUGUAAAGUAUCAUUGGGGUAUUUUAAAAGGAAAUGUAAAGUGGCCUAAUUACUCUUACAAAUCUGACUUAUAAUGUUUUUUUUUUGUGUGUUUGUAUUUAUUUUUGUUUUUCCUGUACAUCCCUAACUUUGAUUAGCAUUGAUUAAAACGUUCAUCUAAAAGGUUAAUCACUUAAAAUAAUCGUUCAUUUUACAUUCCAGAGUUAUUUGGUGCUCACCAUGAAUACAGAAUUAUUUUCAUUAUUAUUUUUAGCAUGUCACACAACAUGGAUCACUUAAGGAGCAUUUUCUAUACACUAUAUGUCCAAAUGUUUAUAGAUAUCUGCUUGUUUCUUCUGAAAUCAAGAGCAUUACUAAAGAGUUUGUAACAUUGUUGUUGUUUUUUUUUCUGUGGAGGCUUUACCUUACCAUAGAUGUUGGAACACUGAUUUGAGCGAUAUGAGUUUGGAUACUGAGAGGUUUUCAGUGGAACUCCAUCAUUCCAGAAUAUGCAGUUGAUAAAUCUGCUAUUUAGAAGAGGUGUCUAAAUACUUUUGGACAUAUGGUGUAUCAGGUAAAACCAUAGUUCAAUCCGUUCAUUUUGUUGCUCUUGUUGUGUUUUGUUAAACAUGAAAACAAGAGAAAUAAAGCAUGCAGAGAAGAUUUUGCAAUGCAUUUCUGCAAGCAAUAGUUGAAGCUAGUACUAUGGUUAGCACUGGUUGCCAACUCUGAUCCUUCAGAAAACAUUCUCUACACUCUACACUCAACAUUUGACUACACUGUUUAAAGAAAAAAGUUUCCAAAGUGUUCUUGGCUUGGGCAUUUGAUCUGAGAAAAAAUAUCCUUAUUUGAUUUACAGAAGGAUUCAUUUGAAAAGGUAUCAUUUUUAGACUUUAAUAUAGGACUAACAAGUAUGCUCAUAUCCUUUUAUCAAGGACCAGAGUUGGAGCCCCUGGAGAAAAAUGCCCCUUAUUAAUUCCUUAAAAAAUAUUUUACUCCUAAAAGUCAUCAGAAUUGUCUGGAUAACAAAUUACACUUUGCUAUUUUGUGCUUAUAUAUAUAUAUUUUUAUCAUUAAUUGAAACCUCUUCAGACCCAAUAGUUCCACUUGUGUGAUGAACAGGAUCCUGAUGCGGAGUCUUCAAAAGAAGUAUUACUGAGAAUUUGCCCUUACUUAGAUGCAGAUUAUGAUUUGGAACAGACUUUAGUAGUGAGUUAGUGAUUAGUAAAGUUUAAAGCUCAAUUUGUGUGAGACAAGGCUGUGUCUGAGGCCCAAUCCCGUUUCUCUUUUGUACCUAUACGCCUUGUUUUCAAGUGUAACCCUUCCUCUUGGGCCAGAGUUACCAGGGGAAGGGGUGAAAGCCUCCCCGAAUAAUUGUGAGAACCCUUCAAGUCGUUGAGACGUCAUCAAGUGACCCUACCAGGCUGCUGUUUUAGCAGUUAAAGAGUGCUAGCAAGCUAGCUGCUAGCAGAUUAACUAGUUAGUUAAAUUUAGGGCAUCUUAUUUUUGUUUUUUUUAUUAAAAAGGGGGCAGGUGAUGCAGCAAUUAAUUAUUAUUGUCCAUGUUUUAAUUCCUCUGCGAUGGGGAGCUGAAAUUAGCUUUUGUUUUAUUUUAUUUUUCCUUACCACUUAAAAUGCUGCAGCUUCUGCAGUCUGUUGUGCCAUUUAAGGUGGAACGAGAGAAAGUUAACUAGCUAACUAGCAACUGAGAUGAACUACUAGCUAUUUUUUAUGCUUGUUAUAAAGAAAAUGGCCAUUAAAGAAGUAAAUUACACAAUAAACUAUGGUAAUAUGCUGGUUAUCAAAAUUUUUUAACAAAGAAAAUACGUACAUUUGUGGGUUUCUUUAGUUGCUUAUGCUACCAUCUUGCCAGCACUUAUCAUAGCCUUAGCCGUUUCUUAAUAUGGAAUACACAAUUUCGAACUCCCGUACUUGGCUAGUAUGGACCUGGUAAGGUCCCAAGGAUGUGGGACUUUUAUUUUGUAAUUGGAACAGCUGCAUACUUGAUGACGUCACCCUUUUAGGGGUGCGAAAUGCAUUGUUUUAAAAAAAAAAACAAGCACAUUUUCACGUAGCCGCUUCUUUAACAAAUAAAACACAUAUCUAACAUGUCUAAACCGCUACGUUCUCUGCUAAAUAAUAACAUAAAACUUUAUUUUAUCACACAGAAUUACUAUCAAAACAUAUAACUUACUGGUAGGUACUUUCUUCUCCACUGAUACUGCUGCGAGGUGUAUUCUGGGAUAUGGGACUUCUGGGAUAAGAAGUCCAAACAACUCACCGUCCUCGAUAAUCUGGGAGGAACAAGAACACAUCUGGGUAUUUGCAUACCUUUCAAGUCUCCCGUUUUGGCCCGGAACCUACUAUAUUUUACCACUAUUUCCCGCCGUCCUCCUGUACUUUUACUUUCCCGUAAAUUCCUUGCAUCAUAUUAUAUUAUAAAAAAAAAAACAUUUCUAUGCCUCUCUAAACUGAAAUGUCACUAACCUCAAGAGAACUGCCACCCAGGCUGCUGCAAGUAGCGGUUCUCGAGGGGGUAGUGCAUACAAUGGGAACAACCCUAAAAACAAAUCAGAGAGAUGGAUGCAUGCAUGUGGAGAGAGAGAGGACAUUCCUGCCAAAAAAGUGACUUCAUGUAAAUAUCUAGAAAAGGGUUUUAUUUAGGCUAUAUUAUUAAAAUGAUAUAUGUAGGAUUGUUCACAUCAUUUCAUUGUUAAGAAAGGUAGACCUAUCAGAUUCUGAUACUCUAAUUGUAGGUUGUAAUUGGUUCACAGGUGGUUAUUUUAGAUGUCUUGUAAACCUGUCUUAAAAUGUAAGAGAUACUGAACCUCGGUUGGAAUGGUGGGACGGCUUGAAGUGGGCGGAGGAAAAUUUCCCUUAUUUUUAAAUCCAAAACUUGACAGGUAUAUGUUUGUGGUGUACUUCGUUAACUGUGAACUUAAAUGGAACAGUACUUGGGCUGUGACUGAUGGCUUUAUCUGAGUCCACAAGAAUACAAAUACAGACAAGAUUAAGAAACGCAGAUUGAGAAACAGCUGCUCUGUUUGGAGUGUGCCUCUGAAAAAUCCCUAUUUGAAGGGUCAUGUAGCCCUAGCACUUUACAGAGAGAUGAUAUGGGCUGGGUCUAAGUGUCUCACAGGACCUCUGGUUGGGAGCUCUGUUAAAACAUGCAUCACAAAAAGCAGUUGUGCUGUUUGUGAUGCAUCUAAGUGAUUAGUACAGACCAUACAUAAAAAAAAUUAAAUAACUGACAUAUACAAUAUUGCAUUGCAUCUGAAUAAUGGUUUCAUUUCAUUUUAGACAAUAUUCUUAGACAAAUAUAAUACUGACUGUAUGAAACAAUCUAAAACAAAGUGCUUUUAGUAAUACAAUGGCAAAUCUGAUGACUUUUAUAAGGUUGAAUACUUUUGAAAGGCACUCGACAUGGCCAAUAUAAACUUGUGUUUAUUUUUAGCAAAUAUUUUAAAUGUUGUUUAUUUUCCUAUUGUUGAAAAAGUUAAACUGUAACUUGCUUUUAUUUCAGGCUCUGUAUGACAGAGUAAAUUUGUUCUUUAUCGUUUCUUGCUAUUUUUGUUAGUUUACUGUGUUUCUAUACAGUAGAUUGUCAUCUAAAGUCAUGAAAGAAAGAAUAAAUCCAUGAAUGAGAAGAAUAAUGUGGUUCUAAUGUACUUAAUUGAUUCUGUGUUGGGUUUUAGAGCAGGACCAAUCUCAAUAACCAUCUCAGUAGAAUAAUCUUGAAACUGACACUGACAUUGUCUGUCUUUUUGAUAAAAGAAAUAAAUAAAUGUGACUUUGUCUUUUUUGUCACCA